UUUUUCUCUAAGGUACCUACGUAGUACUCCAGUACAAGUUGAUCGAGUUACCUUGCGACCAUGUCAUCAACGUCCACCUAAAAACAUCCUCGAACGAACGAACGAACGAACGAACGAACGAACAGCGAUCAUGGCCAACCAACACCCCUCCGACAUCUGGCUCGCGGGCGCCUUCGCCGCCUUCACCGUCGACCUAAUCGUCUACCCGCUCGACACGCUCAAAACCCGCCUCCAAUCCCCGCUCUACCUCUCCACCUACCGCAACGCCUCCAACACCGCCUUCACCCCCGCCAUGUUUCGCGGCGUAUACCAGGGCGUCGGAUCCGUCAUCUUGGCCACAUUACCCGCGAGUGGCACGUUCUUUACCGUCUACGAGGGUGUCAAGGGAGGGCUGCACGGGUGGAAUGGCGUGGGAGGGGAGGCACAGAGCGGAGGAUGGUUACCCACGCCGGUAUUGCAUGGUAUAGCGAGCGGCACGGCGGAGUUGGUGAGCUGUGCGAUUCUGACGCCGGCGGAGGUGAUUAAGCAGAAUGCGCAGAUGGUGGAUAAUUCGGGGAAGCAGCGCGUCAACGCAACCUUACAAACUUUACAGCGCUUCAAGUCGAAUCCGCUGGCGUUGUGGAGGGGGUAUACGGCGUUGGCGGGACGGAAUCUGCCCAUGACGGCUUUGCAGUUCCCGUUGUUUGAGGGGAUUAAGAGGAGGAUUUAUGCGUACAGGGAAGAGAAGGGGAUCAGAUCGCAUAGUCUGGUGGAGAGCGCGGUCGUGACGGCUGUGAGUGCGGGGGUGGGAGGGAGUGGGGCGGCGGUGGUGACGACGCCGAUUGAUGUUGUGAAGACGAGGAUUAUGUUGGCGGCGGCGGAGGAGGCGAGGGAAGGGGUGGAGAAGAUUGUGAAGCCGGGGCGAUUGACGAGUUGGCAGAUUGGGAAGGAGGUGUGGCGGGAUGAAGGGUUGAAGGGGUUGUUUCGCGGUGGAGCGUUGAGGGGUGUUUGGACGAUGGUGGGAGCGGCGUUGUAUUUGGGAUGUUAUGAGAGUGGGAGGAUAUACUUGGCGCAGAGGAGAGGGGAGGAGGUGGAUGUGGAGGAAUUGAUGGGGUAG